CAGAACUCGAAGCUUAAAUGGAUUUUGUUCCACGUUUGUCACUCUGGUGGAUUUUCUUUAGACACCUCUGCUUUGCUGCUUCUGGAGCUGAAGCCGACCAGAAAAACAUCACAGCUGAGUCUGGACAGAAUGUCACUCUGCCAUGUCGAGCUCCAAACUACAACAAUCAAACUUUGCAGUGGAACAGAACUGACUUGGGAGAUGAAGAAUAUGUCCUUUUGUAUCGAGAGGAACAGUUUGUUCCAGAUUACCAGCAUCCAUCUUUUAAGAACCGGGUGGAUCUCCAGGACAGACAGAUGAAGGAUGGAGACUUGUCUUUGAUUCUGAAGAAUGUGACGACUAAUGACACUGGAACAUACGAGUGUGGUGUUUUUAUAAAUGGAACAAAUGACCCCAUCUGCAACUUCACACUGAGUGUUGUUGAUCCUCCAGGACAGACAGGAGGACACACAGAGGAUGGAGGGAAGAAGGAUGGAUCUUUUGGACUGAAAGUUGGUCUUCCAGUUGGCGUUAUUGUUUCUGUUGUUGUUGGUGGUGUUUUUUUUAAUCUACAGGAAACUUAAAGCACAGAAGCAGGGUUCAUACCAGGUUCCAGCUGAACAGCAGCCUGUUUGAAAUGUUAAAAUAUGAUUUUCACAAGUUUUUAAAUGUUAUUUUUGUUUGGUGCAAAACAUCGUCAAACAGUCCAACAGAGAAACAGAGUCAGGAUUCAGGAUUCGCCUCCUUGAACUGUCUCAGAGGGUUUCCAGCUGAUCUGAGUCUCCUGCUGCUGUUCCAGCUUCUCAGAGCAGAGACAGACGAGGACAUCCUGGAUUUGUUGUUCAGCGUCUUUGUGAACGAUUUCAUCACGUUGUGUUGAACAAUUUUAAAGAUGGAUUCAUUCCAGAAGAAGAUUGAACUACUGUCUUACAUUUCCUCUUUUUCUUUAGUUUGCUUGAAUUUCAGACGUGUCCUGUUUCUACUGUGAGUGUAGCUGUUAGCUCGUGACCUCUGCUCCUGCUGAGCUGAAGCCUCAGACUGUUUCUGUAGUUUAAAUAGACGAGACAUCUAUAAUAUAUAUUUGUAUAUAUUAAAUUACACAGAGCUUUUAUUUAUUUCUGUUUAUUUAUACACUUAAAAUUAUUCCUGGUACAGAUUUUACUGUUUUAUGUUAUUAUUGAUGAAAAAAUUAUUGGGUUUUUGUAAAGAUGAUUUCUUUUGAUAAAAAAUAUUUUCUGACCUGUAUCCCAAAACGUUGGUUCUGUUCAUCUGGACGUAGCUUGUA